GGCACUUAGUACUAUCAUGAGAACGUUACUUGUAAUUUCGUGGGAGUUCCCCUUUAACUAAUCAUUGGAUAGAAGUUAUUAUAGAUAUAUUUCAUCAAGCCUUUCUUGUCUUUGACUCGCUUGGAAAGAACCACCAACAAGUUGUUUUCGACAUGAAAUUGUGGAUUACGGAUGUGCACCGUUUAGUCAAUGGAUCGAUUCUAGAUGUAACCGACUGGUCGUUGAUAUACCCAAUACCUCAAAAUUACCUGCAACAAACCGAUCCAUUUAAUUGUGGAAUAUGGACUUGUGUGAACAUGCUUUCAGCAGCUGUGGACAAUCCUCGUGUAGCCAACAACAUCAAUCUCAGUGACAUGAGGACGUGGAUAUUGCAUCGACUUGUUCUGACAGGGGUCGUUGAAAGGAGAGAACAGAAAGAUGAACGAUUUGAAAACGACCAUGAUGAGGAUACACAUUCUAGUGACUGCACUAUAGAGACAGAAACAACAAUUCAUCAAAAAUCAGAUACGAAACGUAAACGUUGUUCACCAGACGAACACCUUACAGCUAAUGACUCUUUAACGGUAUCGACACUGCAACAAAAUAUAUUCAGAUACACACUGUAUCUAUUUGGAUAUAUGAUUAUCGAAUGUACUGUUGAUGAAAUAGACGGAACAUUGCAAUACCUGGAACAGAACGGGUAUAUUAGAGCAUUGCUGAAAGCAUGUCCUGUCUGGAGCUCCCAAAAAUCUGGAACAUCGCUCAGUUUGCACGACAUGGGAAAAGAAAUCCAAGAAGCAGAACACUUCCUGGUAGAAGCCAAGUUUCCAAAGGCUAUUCAAACUAAAGUCAAAAUUUUUCUAAAAACUUGGUAUUUCCAAAAUGAAGUGCAGCCGUGCAAGAGCCAUGAAAUCGAUGACUUUAUGCAGUGGAUGGGAGAAACAUGGGACUGGACAUACGAGAACAAAUCCAUGCACGCUAUUUACCACAUACUGACUUAUCAUCAUCGCCGUAGAUGGGUUAUUGACGAAUUUGAUAAAAAAAAUUGAAAGAAACAAAAAUAAGUAUUUUAUGCUUAGACGGUUUCAGAUAAGUGAAACGUGCUGUUUUAAAAGUUUUAAAUUAAUUUCAGUUUUAUCUCUAGAUAAGAAAGAAUAGCAAAUAUAUUUACAUCAAUUCA